AUGGCAUCGAAUGGUGAUAGUAUACUUAAUGCCACAACUGACGUGCUUUCGACUAUAUUUGUUGCAGUAAUUGUAGUUGGCCUGUUUAAAUGCUUCGAAAAAGAUAAAUUAAAGAAUGUUUCUUUUAUAAACAUAUUUGAUGAUUGUCUUAUUUUUUUAUCAGCUAUCAUAUAUCCUAUUAUUAGUGGAAUUCAAUGUAUUCUAUACCAUAUGGCUGGCAAUGAUCAUGAAAAAAAACGUAUAAUUUCCAUGUUACCCUUAACUAUUAUGAAACUCUAUGUUUUCGUUGUUAUGAUUUCAAUAGGAGGGCUUUCUAUCUAUCAAUAUCAAUUGAUUAUUUAUGGUGAUAUUGAUAAAGGCGAUAUAUCUUAUGUUAGUGGAUUUUGUAGUCAACACUUUGGAAUUGAAAGAUGCACCAAUGUAAAAGCAAUAGUAAAUUAUGUAUCUUUAAUUG